UUCCAAUAGUCCACUUCGUGUUGGAGCGAAGCGCGCGCGCAUUUGAACGCGCGACUCAACGUAGCGCGCACGCGCGGAAUUCGAGUCGAGGGAGCAGUGUAGUUCGCGAACAAAAUGAUGCUUGCCGGGGCGCAGAUAGUUGACGAAACUAGUGUAGCGUAUACGACGGGGAGUGCCGGGGCCAGUGUCACCAUGUCCCCAGCCCAGGGCUCCUCCCGGGACGCGCAGCCGGUCGAGCCCGCACAGGGACUACACAUGGUGCCCAAAGUGGACCCAGUGGACAUAGCGUUCAGCAACAUCACAUGCACAGUCAAACUGGGAAUCACUAAAGGCAGCAAACAGAUUCUACAUGGCGUACACGGACGACUCCGGCCGCGGCAGCUGGUGGCCAUCAUGGGACCUAGUGGUGCCGGCAAGUCCACCCUCCUCGAUGUCCUAUCGGGGUACCGUAUCACUGGCGUUGGUGGAGCCGUGUUCAUCAACGGAAGAGGACGAAUCAUGAAGAGGUUCAAGAGAAUGUCCUGCUACAUCCAGCAGGACGACAGGCUGCAAGGCCUGCUGACGGUGGGAGAGAACAUGGCGCUGGCCGCCGACCUCAAGCUGCCCACCAAGCUCGACAAGUACGAGAAGGGAGAAGUUAUCGAAGACAUCCUCACAAACCUGGGUCUUUACGAGCACAUGAACACCCGCGGGGCUCAGUUAUCAGGAGGGCAACGCAAGCGGUUGUCCAUCGCUCUGGAGCUCAUCAACAACCCGCUUGUCAUGUUCCUUGAUGAACCUACCACUGGUCUAGACAGUUCAUCCUGCACACAAGUGGUCCAACUUUGCCGAAGUCUCGCUCACCAAGGCAGGACCAUCGUCUGCACAGUCCACCAGCCUUCAGCCUCCCUGUUCGCUUUGUUCGACCACGUGUAUGUGCUAGCAGCUGGAAGGUGCAUGUACCAGGGGACUACUAAGAACCUGGUGCCAUAUCUAGAGCAGGCGGGGAUACCCUGUCCGAUAUACCACAACCCUGCUGAUUAUAUAAUCGAGUUAUCUUGCGGUGAAUACGGACAAGACAAGAUCAAUAUAAUGAGCAACAAGUCCGAAAACGGUAGAGCUCUGGACUGGUUCGAUGACUUCGAGAGUAUCCCAUCGAUGGAGGGUCUCCGUAAGCUGGUCCCGCUGAGUGUGCUGCGAGACACGGAGCCAACGGGAGGGGAUGAGGAGACCAGCCAGUCUAACCAACUCAAUGUGCUCAUCAAACGAGGAUUCAUGAAGGCCAAGAGAGAUGCAACGAUGACUCACCUGCGUUUGAUAGUGAACGUGGUGGUAGGUAUUAUGUUGGGAAGUCUGUUCAUCAACGCCGGUAACGAGGGCUCCCGAGUGCUCGAGAACUACAACCUGCUGUUCGCGAUCCUCAUGCACCACAUGAUGUCUCCCAUGAUGCUGACCAUCCUUACGUUUCCCAAUGAGAUGUCAAUAUUAUCCAAAGAACACUUCAAUAGAUGGUACUCACUAGGGUCGUACUACGUGUCCAUAACACUCGUUGAUCUACCUGUAUCGAUAGUAGCGUGUGCGAUCUUCAGUGUGAUAGUGUACACGAUGUCGUCGCAGCCGCUCGACAUCGUCCGCUUCAGCAUGUUCUUCGCCAUCUCUCUGUACACCGUGCUCGUCGCUCAGAGCUUCGGACUCAUGAUCGGAGCUGUGUUCAGUGUUGUUAACGGCACAUUUUUAGGCCCCACUCUAUCCGUACCGAUGAUGAUGUUCGCUGGAUUCGGUGUCACGCUGCGGGACCUGCCUGCUUACCUCCGCUGGGGAUCAUACGUGUCCUACCUGCGUUACGGGCUAGAAGGCUUCAUAGGAGCUAUCUACGGACUGGAGAGGCCCAUCCUGGACUGCAAUGAAGCUUUGUAUUGUCAUUACAAACACCCUCGCACGUUCCUGAACGAGGUGGCGAUGUCCCCCGACGAGUUCUGGUGGGACGUGCUGGCGCUGUCCGUGUUCGUGGUGACGCUGCGCGCCGCCGCCUUCGUGCUGCUCAAGUGGAAGCUCGACGCCGUGCGGUAGACCAACACUCUUGCAUUACCUGUAGGUAUGUUGCCCUGGUUCUGAUGAGUUCGUUUUUUUGCUUGACGAUAUUUAUUAGGCGUUUACACAUACAUAAUUGAGGCAAUUUGAAGAGGAAUUUGACAAAUUAGGUACCUAAUUAAUCGGAAUUGGUCGAUUUUGUGCUGAAAAUGCCCAAAAUUUCGUUUCGUAAUGCCAUCUUUGUAAUUUUCUUAGUCCGGUCAGUUCUAUUCUUUGAGAUGACAGAUUGACUGUGUCUUUUAUUUUUGUCAGAAUCAGGGAACAUUUUUAAAUUAGGACGGCAUUAAUUUAAGUUUGAAUGUUCUUAAAUGAUUAUUCCACGAGCAUUUUUCACACAUACGCCGUGCGCAGAUUCAGUCUCAAACGUAAUCUUUAACUGUGAGCUGAUUUUUCGUUAUUGCCAUUUAAAUUAGAAAAGUAUGAAUGAAAUUUGUACGAAAAAAGAUGUCAAAAUUGAGGAAGUUUUUUUUGCCUUAGCAUGAGUGAUUGUGACAAAUCUUGAACAAAGACAAAAAAGCAAUUUAUUUAUAUUUUAUUUAGCAUUCUAAUAUUAUUUUUAGUUGGGAUAGGAAAUGUUUAAAAAAAUGCCUUCUAAAAUAUUUGUAAAGAUACAAAAUAUGUAACUAGGUUUAAGGGUCCAAAGGUAACAAAACUGUGAUAAGUUUCCAAAAUAAUUUCAGUCUUCAAAUAUUCCAGACCUGUUUUAUUUCUAAGCUCUUUUUGUACGAACAUUUUUUUAAUUGCUUAGACUUUCUUACACUAAAAAAAGCUUAAAUAUUCACAUUUAAAUUGAGGCUGUGAAAUCAAUACAAAGAAACAAGAAUUCAAAAAUGAGUCAAAUACAAUUUAUUAAGAAUUGGUCAAAACAUUUUCCUUUACAGUACAAAAUUGCCUUUACAUAAAAAAAUCUGUAUACAAAUGUCUAAAGACCGCCACUGAUAAGCUCUAAUUUGACAAUUGCGGAAACAAGACAGCGUACUUCUCGUAUAGCGUUGUCCCUCUUCCACGAUUUCAAGUCUUAGUUCAAAAAGUGGUAGGUUGAACAUUUGAGUCAUUAGUGGCACCUUAGCCUUAUUAACAUAGGGUUAUAUAGUUUAUAUUGUUGUAUGACAUGUAUCGUACCUACCAGUUCGUAGGAAACAUAAUGUACACAUAUUAUUGUGUUAGCAUAUACUUGCCUAUCGUUAGUUGCUCAAUUAGGUAUUUAUUCGUAACUAGUACUAUGAAUACUGUACUGAACUAUUAUGUAGCUAGUACAUUAAGAAUAUACGGUGAUAAUUUUUGUAAAUAUUUUUUUAGUAAUAAAGUUUUUAAUUUUGGUAUA